AUGGAUGUCCAAACUGGCCACUGUGAGUGGGUUGCUUCGUCCAAUACGAAUAUGUCUACGGAGGGACUCAUUAGCUCUAUUGCCAACCUAAGUUUCGAAGAAACCCGUUUGCUUUGGGGAAAUAAUGGUUAUGCUACAGUAUCUACUCAAGAUGUUCUUGGAAACCGUCCACCAUUCGGCUCGACACCAUGGGAUAUGUCUUCAAACCAUACCACUUCAAAUUCCAUACCAAUGGUUCGCAGUCGGCGCGACAAGCUCAACAGUACAAUUCCAGAAUCUAAUCUGAGUGAUGGAAGUAUUUUGAUGUCUCCUGGAUCUAAAGAUAUGGUGGCUUUGGGGAUGCAGAUGGCGGAUCACGUUCUAAGUAACUCUCCAGGUAGUAAUGCUCAGUUCUUGAGAGACAUUUCUGAAAACUUGUCAAAUGCCUUUCCUCAUCGUCCAGCACCUAAUUCACUCAAUGGAUCCCAGUCUGUUGCAUUAAGUUCUUAUCAAUAUGAUUCAAACGUAAGAUCAAUCCUUCCUAAUGAGUCAGAUGCUUUGCAUCAAAAUCAACCUGUUCAGUCUGGAGCCAAUGGAUUGAUUUCAAAUUGCUUUAAUCCAGCUCAAUAUUAUAUGCGUCCGCCCUCAGCUGCAACACAGUCUCUACAACAACUACCUUAUUCGAUUAUACCUAAUAGAUCCUCGGAAUAUGUACAUGUAAAAAGCUUUACCUCAGAAGCGAUUAGUUGCGAACCUUGCAAUUCCGUUCAAGCUGAAAACGUAGUACCUUAUUUCAUCAACGUUCCAGCAAAUACAGAUCCUUCAGCGUCUAACUUACCUGCAGAGUCUUUCAGUAUGUUUACUGGUUCCCAUUUACAUCGAGAUCAACAUCCAGCAAGCCAGUCUGAUAAUACAACCCACUUAGUUCCUAUAAUUCCUCAAACAAAUCGCAUCAGUAGUUUACAACCUGUGAAGUAUAAUUCCACAAACGCUAACGAGGAACAUAAAAACCAAUCAUUUAAUCCUUACUUAGGUGGUGCAUUUUCUGGUGUAAAUCAACUAAACACAUGUUUGGAUUUUAAUGGUGAACUUCUGACAAAUCCUUCGUUUAUUAGUCAUGUUUCUUUAGCUUGUAGUGAAGGCUACCUACCAACAUUUAUUCAGUCUAAUGGGCCACCCCCACAAGACAUAAAUAAUUUUGGAGGUUGCUCAAACUAUCCUGUAAAUCAAGAUUUUUAUAUGCAUGGACCUUAUAAUAAUCUCGGAGGCAACAGGACGGUGGAACAUGCUUCGUCUGAACAUACUACUAACGGACUAGUUACAAAUUCUCCUUAUGGUCCCGUACAGUAUGGGCCACAAAAGUUUCAGCACACUCUUUACCCUAGAGGUGUAUCACCAGCCCCAGGUGACCAACUGAAUAUACAGGUACCUAAUUGUGCUGGUGCAAACAAUUAUCCAAUGCACCCAGUUGAUACUAUGGUAAACACGUUGGUUGGGCCACAAUUUCUCGGACCGUCAGCGAAUGGUCAUGCACAAAAUGGGGCUGGUUUUCAAAAUUUACCUGUCAGCGGUUUAUAUCAAUCUCUUAUUCAACCUAAAGAUCCUUCUAUACAUAUCCAGGCUCAAGCUGUUCAACCUGUUUCAAACGACCAACAACAACAAUCUGCAGCAUUAUUUGCACACACUCUUCAGAUGUUUGCAGCUGCCGCUGCUAGGAAUAUGGGUUCUGGAACACACGAUCUUCAUGUAACUGGUGUCGGGUCAAGUAGCAGUGGAUCCGUAUUAAAUUCUGUUGAUUUUGAGUGUUUAAGGCCACCAGGUGUAAAUGCAGAAGUCCCACCUAAUGCACCCAUACUACCAGAUCAUUUGCAGGCAUAUGCGGGUAAUUCUUGUGUUCCUGUCAAUGCCGUAGAAAGUCCGGGUCCCCGUCAUCCCCAUUCCACCUUGGAUUUUAAGUCGAUGUGCUCAACAGUUCCUGCUCCUUUCCCACCUAUCUCAUCAUCCAUUCAUUCACAAAAUAUUUUCCCACAAACUGAUGUAAUUACUCAGGAGUUUCAGCGUACUGGUUUAGGUUAUACCGGAUUGUCACCUCUGAAUUCAAUGGGUGAUCGUCUGCUUCGACCUUCCAAUACUUUCGCAAGACCUACACCACCAUUGUCUUCCAAUCGUAUGCCUUAUAUUCCUGUGAGUGUUACAGACUCUCAAUCACCUCCUAGAACUCCGACCACAAUAAUUUGCCCAAGAAUUAGUGUGCCACCAGUCCCACCGAGACCUCAAAUAGCUACUUCAACUAUGUAUACUUGUCAAAAUAAUGGUCCACCUCCUUUUUCUUCCAUGCAUACACCACGCUUUCCUUCACGCGGCCCAACUAGUUUUCCACAACUGAAUUUGACACUCAUGCCUCCACCUCUUCCUCCUUACCCUCAUCAUAUUCAUCAGCCACCGCCUGUUCUUCCGCCACCUGGAUUUCUACCAUCAGCUCAUUCCUAUCGCCCUCCUGGAACCAGUAGCUCUUCUGGCCCACUUAAUAAUACAUCACCUUCAGGAAACAAGCCAGUUCAUAGCAGAUUUCCCAAAGAUCACAAUCACUGUACAACACUGCAUCAACCUAACACUCCUGUGUCUGUGAUGACACUCACGUUUGCAGCUGCUCAGCAACAAAGCUCAGGAAUAAAUUCUACUCUCGGGAUAAGGAAUUCGUCUGACCAAGCUUCUCAUUUUCAACCUCCGUACUAUGGUUUUCCUACUGAUUCAACUACAACUCCCACUUUACAACCAAAUUCUUCGUAUCUUAGUCAUCCUAAUCCACCGUUACAUAUUAAUAACAUGUUGCCCUUAAGACCGACUAAUGAUGCUGCUCCAGAGCGUAGUCGUUUGUUGGAAGAGUUUCGUAAUUCUCGAUUACCUUGUUUAACAUUACAUGAUUUAAUGAAUCAUAUUGUGGAAUUUGCUCAAGAUCAAUAUGGUUCACGUUUUAUUCAACAGAAAUUAGAACAAGCUAGUGUUGUAGAUAAAACUAGUGUAUUUCGUGAAAUUCUUCCUCAUGCAUACAAUCUAAUGAUUGAUGUAUUUGGAAAUUAUGUAAUACAAAAGUUUUUUGAAUUGGGAACACCAGAACAAAAACAAAUACUAGCUCAGAGAAUACGUGGACAAGUUUUGUCAUUAUCCCUUCAAAUGUAUGGUUGUCGUGUUAUACAAAAAGCUGUUGAAUCUGUUCCAUUAGAAAUGCAAAUAUCAAUUGUUAAAGAAUUAGAUGGAUGUGUAAUCAAAUGUGUAAAAGAUCAAAAUGGAAAUCAUGUUGUACAGAAAUGUGUAGAAAAUGUCCCUCCAGAACAUUUACAGUUUAUUGUAGAUGCUUUUAAGGAUCAUGUAUAUUCCAUAUCUACUCAUUCGUAUGGUUGUCGUGUUAUUCAACGUAUAUUAGAGCAUUGUACACCUGAACAAACUACUCCAAUUCUUUCUGAGUUACACCAACACACUGAUGCGCUUGUUAAAGAUCAGUAUGGAAAUUAUGUGAUUCAACAUGUUCUUGAACAUGGAAAGACGGAAGAUAAGAGCCGAAUUGUAGAACACAUCAAAGGUCGUGUAGCUAAAUUGAGUGUGCACAAGUUUGCUAGUAAUGUUGUAGAAAAAGCUGUUGCAAACGCUUCACGUGUUGAACGUCAAUUACUUAUUAAUGAAAUACUUGAAGAAACUGUGUUAACUGAAAAUCAAAUUGUACAAAAUGGACAAAAUCAAUCUAGAGAAUUUCGAGUAGACGAUAGUUUAAGUGAAAAUGAUUAUGACGAUGAAGAUGAUGAACCUAGAACAAGAAGUUCAGUUUUAGUUAUGAUGAUGAAAGAUCAAUUUGCUAAUUAUGUUAUUCAGAAAAUGUUAGAUGUUGCUGAACAACCAAUAAGAAAAGAGCUUAUGAUUCAAAUACGUCCACAUUUAGGUAUUUUACGUAAAUAUACUUAUGGUAAACAUAUCAUUAAUAAGAUGGAAAAAUAUUACAUGAAAACAAAUCAGUUACAUUUAGCCGUUGGAUUAAAUUCUCCAUCACCACCUCCAUCUUUAGAUCUUGUAAACGUUUCUUCAAACAUCACUCAACCAAAUUUAAAUUCAACUAUUCGUAGUUGUGGUAGUACACACAACAGUUCAGCUGCAUCAUUACUUCCACCAUUAUUAACUCCAACAGAUAUGGCUAUUCGAGCUUCAAAGACAAUUUCAGUAAAUCGAUCCACUCAUUCACAUCAUUGUUAUUCUAAUCAUAUCUCUCAUCAACAUCAUCAUCAAUCGUAUUUAUCUUCAUUUUCACGUAAUAAUGGUUUACCAUCACAUCGAAUCAAACAUAAAGAGUCUAAUAAUAAUAAUAAUUCAAAUUCUCAGAAAGCAUCAAAUGAAGAAAAACAAAAUAAUUCUACAUAUAUGUGUGAUAGUACAAGUUCAUCUAAAGAGACAUUGGAAGGACAUAGAAGUUUUGAUGAAGAAUUCUGUGGUAGUAAUGGUGGUAGUGAAAAACAUAAUUCCGAAUUAGAAUCAUCUCAUCAAACAUCAACUACAACAAAUGAACCUUCCAAUAAGAAUUGUGAUGAUAAAAAAGGAAAAGUCAAAUUAUCAAAUCCUGACAGCAGUACUAGUCAUUUGUAUGAAGGAGUUAAUAAUCCAACAUCUACUACUAACGUUAAACUAAAUGAAUUGGAUAUAAAUGAUAAGUCCAGAAGUAUUGAUACUGAAUUAUUAACUAAUGGUAAUGAUCAUUAAUAUCAUGUUGUUUAUGCCGUUUUUUCCUCUUUUGCUGUCUGUUUAUGUUCUUCUUCUUCUUCAAUCUUUUUCUUUUUUAAAAAGUGUUAUAAUCAUCAUCCAUUAAGAGGAGGUAUUGCUUAUUAGUAGUAUAUUCCAUAAUUUUUUUUUAUAAAAAAAAUCAAGCUUCAAAUCUUUGUGUGCAAUUGAUAUUUAUCUUAAAAAGAGAAAGAUUUCCUCUAUCUAAUCCAUUUUGUUCUUCUUGCACAAAUGAAUUUAUGUAGUAAUCUCUCUUUACUUCUCUUUUUUUUUGUAUUUUUUUAAAGUUACUCGGACCUUCAUUGUUUCAUAUGUAUAUGUAUGUAUAAGCUUUGAUUUAUCUUGUUUUUUAAUGCAAAGAAAAUGUAUGACCUCCUUGUAAAACGUAACUUUUUGUUGUAAUCACGUAGUAAAUGAAUGAAUGGGUCCAGGUUAUAUAUAUAUAUAUAUUCUAAUGUUGCGAUUCCUUUUUCUUUCAUCAUACCCCUAACCUAUUGUCUAAUUAAUAUAUCAUUACUUAACAUGUUAUAUAUACUACUGAUAUGACGGAUUACUGCAUUCACAGUGUACUUCAAUUGAUUUUUUUCUCCUUUCUCUUCUUGGUAUAUGUUGGUUUAAUCAACUAAACUAUCUUCUAUACAGUAUGAACGUCUUCUUCAUCAUCAGUGUUAUUCAAUCAAUGUAAUGUAUCUUAUUGUAAAUCUGAUUAUUCAAUUAUGAAUCUAUCGUAUACACUAAUUCUAUGUAUUUAUACACUUUUUUAAAAAUUUAUUCAUAUAAUAAUCUUCAGUUCAUGUUAACCCUCCUCUCCUUUUCUUUUAGUUUCUAAGUAAUCUCUUUCAAUUGUGUAUUUCUUUUUCUACAGUAGCUAUGAUUGUAUUUAGUUAUUUUGUAGCAAAAAAAACAAGUAUCUGUUUAAUCAAGCUUAUCUUUGUAUGUAUACAAUCUGUAAACCAUUUUUAUCUUUUUAUUUGUUUGUUCCUUGAAUGUGACAGUGUUGUUACUAUGAUUAUUACCCCCCCCUCCCUACCAAGUUCUUGAUACUUGUAAUAAUAUGUAUUUUUCACUGUUCUUUCACUAUAUAAAGAACAAAUUUAUUCGUCUUCACAAAUACAUGAAUAUAUAUAUAUAUAUAUAC